AUGGGCAAGGGACAGUCUGAGUCGGUGGACUGUGCCCAUCAUCCGAUCUGCUGGGUGAUCUCUGUGGCCUGGUCGCCGCCCGAGGGUCCCAAAGACGGGCAGCACGCAGUUUGUCCUUCUCAGAGUGCGAGUCUGAGCUUGCACCUGUCUUCCCCAGCCAAAAUCAUCCCCCAGUCCGGUAGCCCGGACUCCCAGCGCCUGGCGGAUAUUGGCCGUGAUGAGGCGUUAAGAGGUCUCGCUCCUUGUGCCUCGCAUUUGCCUCACCUUCGGCCCAUUGCUACGGUUUUCUUUGCCAGGCCCGCCUAG